GAUGAAUCCCAUGACACAGUUGUACUACAAGAAGGCGACGUAUUCGCCGUACCGCGACCGCAUCCCUCUGCAGAUCGUGCGGGCUGAGGUGGAGCUGUCUACAGAGGAGAGGGCGUACCUCACCGCUGUGGAGAAAGGCGACUAUGCGGGUGUCAAACAUGCCCUCCGUGAGGCGGAGGUCUACUACAACAUGGACGUGAACUGUCUGGACCCGCUGGGCCGCAGCGCGCUCCUCAUCGCCAUCGAGAACGAGAACCUGGAGAUCAUGGAGCUGCUGCUCGACCACGGCAUUCACACGGGCGACGCGCUGCUCUACGCCAUCAGGAAGGAGGUGGUGGGCGCCGUGGAGUUGCUGCUGUCGCACAGGAGGCCCAGCGGCGAGAAACAGGUUCCCUCGCUGAUGAUGGACAGCCAGUUUUCAGAGUUCACCCCAGACAUAACUCCCAUCAUGCUCGCUGCUCACACCAACAACUACGAGAUCAUCAAGCUGCUCGUCCAGCGGAAGGUCACUAUUCCCAGACCACACCAGAUACGAUGUGACUGUGUCGAGUGUGUCUCCAGCUCAGAGGUUGACAGUCUUCGGCAUUCACGGUCUCGACUCAACAUCUACAAGGCUCUGGCCUCACCGUCCCUCAUCGCGUUGUCCAGUGAAGAUCCCAUCCUCACGGCCUUCAGACUGGGCUGGGAGCUCAAGGAGCUCAGCAAGGUGGAGAAUGAGUUUCGUCAGGAGUACGAGGAGCUGUCCCAGCAGUGCAAACGGUUCGCCAAAGACCUACUGGACCAGGCCAGGAGCUCGAGAGAACUCGAGACCAUCCUGAACCACAGAGACAACGACCAGAGCGAGGAGCUAGACCCCAGACAGUGCCACGACCUGGCCAAACUCAAACUGGCCAUCAAAUAUCACCAAAAAGAGUUCGUGGCUCAGCCGAACUGUCAGCAGCUUCUGGCCACGCUGUGGUACGACGGCUUCCCGGGCUGGAGGAGACGACACUGGGUGGUCAAACUGGUCACGUGCUUCAUCAUCGGUCUCCUGUUUCCUGUCUUCUCACUGAUCUACCUGUUGGCGCCGAAGAGCACUCUGGGAAACUUCAUCAAGAAGCCCUUCAUCAAGUUCAUCUGCCACACAGCGUCCUACCUGACCUUCCUCUUCCUCCUGCUGCUCGCCUCGCAGCACAUCGCCCGCACCAACCUCCACAUGCAGGGACCCCCACCAACCAUCGUGGAGUGGAUGAUUCUCCCCUGGGUGCUGG